GAACGCGGUCCCGCGGCCGGGUGGGCCCGGGCGGCGGCGGCGGCGGCGGGCGGGCGCCGCGCGGAGGAGGUGUCUCCGCAGCCGCAUCCUCAGCUGCGCCGCGGGGCCUCGAUGUCGUCCCGGGCGGGGCGCGACGACGCGGGCGCGGGGGCCGCGCGGCGGCCGCGGGAGCCGCCCGAGCAGGAACUGCAGCGGCGCCGGGAGCAGAAGCGGCGGCGGCACGACGCGCAGCAGCUGCAGCAGCUCAAGCACCUGGAGUCCUUUUAUGAGAAACCUCCUCCUGGGCUUAUCAAGGAAGAUGAGACUAAGCCAGAAGACUGUAUACCAGAUGUACCAGGCAACGAACAUGCCAGGGAAUUUUUGGCUCAUGCGCCAACCAAAGGACUUUGGAUGCCCCUGGGGAAAGAAGUCAAAGUUAUGCAGUGUUGGCGUUGCAAACGGUACGGUCACCGAACAGGGGACAAAGAAUGCCCUUUCUUUAUCAAAGGCAACCAGAAGUUAGAACAGUUCAGAGUGGCACAUGAAGACCCCAUGUAUGACAUCAUUCGAGAGAAUAAAAGACAUGAAAAGGAUAUAAGGAUACAGCAGUUAAAACAGUUACUGGAGGAUUCCACGUCCGAUGGAGACGGGAGCAGCUCCAGUUCCUCGGAAUGUGAAGAGAAGCACAAGAAAAAGAAGAAGAAAGAAAAGCAUAAGAAAAGGAAGAAGGAAAAGAAAAAGAAGAAAAAACGGAAGCACAAGUCUCCCAGGUCACAUGAGAGUUCCGACCUAGAGUGACAGGGACUUGACGUGUUCAGCAGUGUCUUCUCAGAAAUCACACACGGUGGCCGGAGCCCAGAGGGAGAUGCAGGCAGAGCGGAACAGACGGAGACACCCAGAGGAGGGUGUUUGUUGUCGCAGCUGUGACUUCUCACCCACCCGCAGGACAGGGGCCAGUGUCCUCCCAGGUGCCAGCUCUGGACUGUGGCCAGUUUCAGGCAGGAAACUUAACUGGGCGCCCUCCUCCCUGCUGGUCGCCUGAGUUUGUCAUUGCUGUAAGAUGCCGCCUGCACGGUGGCAGGACGAGGAGGGCAUCUCUGGGGAAGCUCUUGCAGGUGCUGCCACAGCUUCUGCCCUCCAUAGUGGGUGACUCAGUUCCCACAGACCUCAGGCUUGACUCUUCUCUGUUGUUGAGGAUAAUAAAAGCUCAUUAUCUAUA